CCACUUCUCUAUUUAAAAAUCAUCUCUUUCUCUGAUCCUUCUCUCUCUCUCUUCCUCUCUUAUGGCUUCCUCUUCAGGCAACUUAAGUAGUUCUAUAAAUUCUCAAACAAACUUCUCUUUCUCAACCCAGUUUGUUACUUCUAACUCUUCCACUGGUACAACAACUCAUCUUCUGGCCAAUAACAACUGUAGAGACAUGAACAGUAUAAAUGAAGAGAGGGCAACAACUAGCUGGGGACCUUAUGCCCACGUAUCUAAUAAUAGCAUAGGUGGUGAAAUUCCAAAAUUCAAAUCAACUCCACCUCCUUCACUACCAUCUCCUACACCAGUUUCUCCAUCUUCUUUUUUAGCAAUUCCACCUGGUUUAAGCCCUGCUGAGCUCCUGGACUCCCCCAUGCUUUUCUCUGACUCUAGUUUUCUGUCAUCUCCAACUACGGGUGCAUUUGCUGGUCAAACUUUCAACUGGAGGACUAAUUCUGGUGACAUGGCCCAAGAGAAAAGCUACAAUGAUUUCUCAUUUCAACCCACCCAGGCAAGACCUCUUACUACAGUAUCCUCGUCAAACUUCCAGUCGUCUUCAAAUGUUGUUUCUGUGGAAUCCGUGAAAAGACAAGAAGAAUUCAGCAAACCCACAACCCAGACAGGCUUCUCCUCGGACAAGACAGGUGUGAAAACAGAGUUUGCACCAGUUCAAAGUACCCCAUUCCAGACAAAUAUGCAGGGCACCUCUGCUCCUCAGUCUGGUUAUGGACAUUCCACUAUCCGAGAACAAAGAAGAGCAGAUGAUGGAUAUAGUUGGAGGAAAUAUGGACAAAAGCAAGUGAAAGGAAGUGAGAAUCCGCGUAGCUAUUACAAGUGCACACACCCAAAUUGUCCAACAAAGAAAAAAGUGGAGAGUUCUUUAGAUGGGCAGAUCACUGAAAUAGUCUAUAAAGGAAAUCACAACCAUCCUAAGCCUCAGUCUACCAGAAGAUCAAACUCUAACUUGGUUCAACCAUCUGUGAGUACCAAUUCAGGAUUCUCUGAUCAAUCAGGGAAAACACUAGGCAAUACACAAGUGGAGACUAUCAGGAUGCAGGAUGAUUCUUCGAUAUCUAUCGGAGAGGAUAACUUCGACCAUGAUUCACCAAUUAGCAACUCAGUAGGAAAUGAAGAUGAAAGUGAACCCAAUGGCAAAAGAUGGAAGGGAGAGAAUGAAAAUGAUGUCAUCUUAGCUUGUGGGAGCAGAACUGUUAGAGAGCCUAGAAUUGUAGUUCAAACGACGAGUGAUAUUGACAUACUCGAUGAUGGGUAUAGAUGGAGAAAAUAUGGACAAAAGGUUGUAAAAGGAAACCCAAAUCCAAGGAGCUACUACAAAUGCACAUCGAGUGGUUGUCCGGUGAGGAAGCAUGUAGAGCGCGCCUCACAUGACAUGAGGGCUGUGAUCACCACAUAUGAAGGCAAGCACAACCAUGAUGUUCCCGCAGCGCGUGGCAGUGGAUACACCAUGAAUAAGCCACCAAUAAAUACCAACAGCAGCAGUGCCCCCAUGCCUAUAAGACCCUCUGCCAUCGCCAAUCAUUCUAACCACACAAGUUUUCCCAAUUCUCUCAACACCACAAAGGCAAUACCAACUUCAUCAAGUCAGUCACCAUUUACACUAGAAAUGCUGCAAAGUCCAGGAAGUUUUGGAUUCUCAGGAUUUGGAGAGCUUACUGGAAAUUAUAUGAGUCAAGAGCAACAACCGGAGGGUAUGUUUUUUGGAGCCAAAGAAGAACCGAAGGAUGACAAUUUUUUUGAGUCUUUCCUAAGAUUAAACAACUAACUUAUGGAACACCUAGGAUCAAGGAUUGAUGUCAAACAGAUUCGUUCUUCUAGUUUAUAUCUCCGUAGUUAUUGGUAGAAGGGAUCUUAAAGUAGAAUAGUCACAAUUUUUUGAUUUUUUUCAAGCUCCCUGUAAGUCUUGAUAAUCCAGGCCUCUUUCAUCUCCACGCUGUUAUAGAAGUAGAAUAAAGUGGAAUGAGUUCAAUGAUUUCAGAACAAAUGUUCAUUUGCUUUGUUGACACUCCUGUUUAAUUGUCUAUUAUUCAUUUAUUUUAGUUAUCCCAAGCCAUUUUUGAGAUUA